CAGGGUGUCAUCGCUGCUUUUCGGAAAGGAAGGUGUUCCAAUUACAUGAUCAACUUGGCAAUCCGCCACUCCAAAGCUUUCAUGCAUGAAUCUUGCUUAUCCAUCUCCCUUGUGUAUGAACACACGCCAUUGAACCUGGCGGAUCCAAUCUCACAGGGUAUAUUACCCUCAGAUGCACUGCGUCUCUCUCACCCACCAUCCUUACCCUCAGAAAUAUUCUCCUUCUUC